GGCGAGCACGUGACAAGAUAUGUGAUUUAUAAGUUGGCGGGAUAUACACAGUUAUAACUUCAGACGAAAACAAAGGGAUGUCUUUCUCGACUGUAGUGUAGAUCGGGACUGCAGCAGGGAGGUUUUUUAAAUACCGUUCUGUAUUUAACAUAAUGUGUGACAUUCUUAAUCCUAACUAAACAUCACGGAUUAAUAAUGGUGAUUCUAAGAACAAACUUUAUCAAGUGUGUGGUGAUAGGUGACGAUGCUGUGGGUAAAACAAGCAUGUUGGUGUGUUAUGCUACAAACAAAUUCCCCGAGACUCAGCAUCUUCCUUCUGUCUUCGAUAAUUAUGCAGGGAACAUUUGCAUAUCUGGAAAGCGAUAUCACCUACAGCUGAUUGACACUCUCGAACAGGAUCCAUGCUCUGACGUAACACAAAACGUGUUUCCGGGAACAGAUGUGUUCGUGGUGUGUUUCUCCGCCGUCAGACCGGAAUCUUUCAACAAUGCUGAAAAGAAAUGGAUACCCAUCAUAAAAAAGCAAAUGGGUGAUACCCCAUUCAUACUGGUCAACACGCAAACAGACCUCCGUAAGGAACCUACGGUUAUUCAGGAACUCCGUCGAUGUGGUCGGAGCCCAAUUUCCAAGUCUGAUGGAGCUGCCAUGGCGAGGCGACUCGGGGCUUCCACUUACAUAGAAUGUUCACCUGAUGAUCAAAAGAAGAUGAAACAGCUGAUAAACAAUGCUAUAGUGUCGGUCCUAAGUCCUGUCGGAUACAAGAUAGAGGGACAGACCUGUAACAUUUUGUAAAAGGUCAAUGUCUACUACUUCAGUUGCAGUGGUAUGACAAGCAACUUCAACAUAUGGGUACUUCAGCCGAAGUUGGAGAAAUCAGCAAAUAUGAUGUUACUAUGAUAUUUCAACUAAAUUACAUUGUAUAUGACAACGUGCCCAAAUACUCGUAAUUGAACCUGAAGACAGUGCAUAUCGUAGGUUUGGUAGAUGUAUUUGAGUGUUAACUAUGAUUGAUCUGAACUCAAAGAUAUUUAUCAUGUAGCUCCAGUUCUGAUAUAUAUGCAGUAAGAGAAAGCACGCGAGAGAGCAUGCAGGCAUGGCACGUGCGAAAGGUCCAAAGUAGAGGGUCGACUACGAAAGCAUUUGUAGACGACUUUAACUGUCUGAUAUUUUGUUUGUAACAUAACAUGACACACAUUUCGUUUUUGAUUAUUGGGAAAAGGUCAUACACUGGUCGUACACAAGUUAUCUUUAACAUCGGUGAAUACAUGUUAUUGAUUUUUGCAAUUCACGUAGUAUACCUGUUUUUUAUGCAACAUUGAAAAAUAUUGUAUCUUAUAGUCCAAGAGAAAGACCAUGGUCUGAAAUACAAGUAGUGCACGACACGUGAUGCCUUGAAAUAGUUGUUCUUAAACCUAUAUAGCAUGCGAUGUAUAAGAUUCAGAUGCCUUCUGUACGGCCUGGGCAAAGUCGUCCUAGGAAAACGGUAUGUUGACAUCCAUUGACCCGGUUAAAUGUCAGAGCUUCCAAUAACGUAACACGUGGCUCUAAGUAACACAAUGUUACAAAGAAAGUUUUUCUGUAAAUGGGUCAUCUCCAGGUCAUUUGUUAAAUAUAUGAAUAUGUUUCUAUUAGAUCAAACUGUAAUAGUUUCCAUGACCAUUUUUUUAUAUAUGUCUUUAUGAGGGACUCAUUGCAACUUGAGAUAGGCCUAUGUGCUGAGAGGUUUUUUUUACAAAAAAAUGUUUUACACGAUUCUGCAAGACAGAACAAAAUAUUUCCAGAGAAGAAAAGACUAACCCCUUUUUGAUUAUCAUAAGGCAUAUUACUCCUUAUUUUGAAUGAUGUAUAUAUGUACAUAUGAACAUAUAUUAGCCAAACUUUAAUUUCAUACUUACGCUUCAAACCAUAAGCAUGUCUGAUCUUGUUCCAAUGGAAGGGAAAAGUUGCUCGAAAUGUUUGAAAAUGGAAUUAUCAUCAAAUCUCAUUGUUGUUUCCUUACAUUGCAUGAGUGACAAGUUAAGUCUCACUGGCAUGGAAUCAGAAAAUAAUUGAGAAUUCCGCCCAAUCUUGUGAAGCAAUCCGUUUACUUCAACAAAAUAGUGAUAUACUAUAAAUAUUCGACAUUUAUAAUUGUAUAUAAGACUGAUAUGUUAUAUAUAGAUACAGUACACUACUUACUAACGGUAAUAUGUUAGAAACCCUCUGUCUAAAGGCGAUAUCUACCAGUGUUGGCUAUGUUCAGUCUUUGAGAUAUAAGGAUACGUAUGAUCUACUAAUUUGGAGUCUCCAACAUCUAAUUAAACCUUCCAUGUUACCAAUGCGUUCUUGUGAAUACUAACAUCCAUUCAGAGAAAAUUUACCCUUGUUUGUGUUCUUUUGAUUAAAAGAAUAUUCAAAACCAUCACAUUAAUCAAAUUCAUUAUCUUUCCCUUUAAUAAUCAUGUCUUUUUGCUUGCGCCGAUUUGGAUUCUUCAUAUUUUUUUUUUAUUAUUUUUUUUUUUUUCUAGUUUCCCUUUUUUAUUAUUAUUUUGAAACAGGAGGAAAAUGCUAACUUUUGAACAUUGAUAUAGGUAUAUACUGUAUAAUAUGGUAUAGGUUACUGAAUUCAUACCUAAAGAUACUAUUAUCGUGUACUUCUGACUCUGAACUCGCUGUCAGUCAGCUAUAUGUUUAACCAAGCCCAUAACAAAUGUGCAAAUAGUAAAAUUCUAAAAAUAGACACAGUUUCUGAAACAAUAUAUAACAAUAACUUCACAGACAAAAUCAUAUGUUGGAAUUGAAAAGACGUUUAAUUGUGAGAUAAGCGUGUAUUUCAUGGUGUAAGGAGUGAUAUAAAUAUAUGUUAUUAAUAAUUAUAAUUAUUUUGCUAAAAUCACCCAGCCGUGUAAUUUUGCGGAGGACAAGUCUUUCAAAUCUGUGUUGUCUUGACGAUUGCUUUCGCCUGAUGAAAGCCACCUGACAUUGUUGUUCGUUGAUAUUCACAAGUUUAUUAGCUUCAAUGAAGUUGGAUGUGUCCAAUGAAAUAAAUAUCUUGUUUUGUCGAUCCUCUCGGCCUAUUUCGUCAAGACUUGGCUUGAUUCCGAAUCUUGACGGAUUUAGCCGAUAUGUUACGAUUGUUUACAUUGCAUACUAUUUCGGACAAAGAUUGUUCGAUUGUUUUUGUUUUUAUUUAUGUACUUGUUUGUACUCAUUGUUGAAAAUAUAAGCUGCAUUGUAAAUUA